UCGAGAUAUAUAGCUAGCUCAGGCCUGACGUCCCGGCCUGAUAGGCAGCCAUGAGUAGCAAGGUGGAGCUCCUCUGGUCUCCAAACAAAGAGAACGAGUUUGCAACCUAUGGAAAUGAGCUCAAAAUAUACGCAUACUCCAAUACGGACGUUUCUGUAAAGCUGCCCCAAAAUGCUCUCCCCCUGUCAUCCCGUCACCACGGCAACCUGACGGCUACGCUUAACUCGGACAUUCACUGCAUGCCAGUCCACCAGUGUGUAGCCUGGCAGGAAAGCUCUGAUCGUCCUUAUUACUUCGCUGUCGGGCAAAGCAGUGGCAAGGUCCUACUAGCCAAUAUGGGACUGGACCAACCUGGACCUCAGCAGACUCACAGGCAUAUUCUAACACCCAGGAAUGGCCGUCCCUGUACCUGUCUCGCCUGGAACCCCACUGAAGCUCACCUGCUUGCCGAGGGUUUAGAAAGGUCACGGAAUGACAAUUCUCUAGUUGUCUGGGAUAUAGAGAGAGCCUCAAGUCCAGACAUACCCACUACCCCCAGUAGCACCACAAGGACAAUAACAUCAUCUAUACGACAGAUGAUGCCCUCAGAGCCAGUGGAGGACGGGUCAAAGUUCUUUGAGAUUGGUGCGGGGGAGGCAACCUCGUCGUUGGCAUGGUUACCUAAUCAACCGAUGUGUAUAGUGGCAGGCAUGGGAAACAGGUUCAUCCGAAUGUUUGACAUCAGAGAGAAGUCGACUGGUUCCCAGGUGCAGCCUCGUGAGCUAGCUCAACACAAGGCCCUCCUGGGUAUAUCAGUAGACCCUCAGGACGGGAACAGACUGGCCUCUUAUGCUGAGGGAGGCACGGUGUACUUGUGGGAUAUCCGACAGUUUGCUCGUCCCGUGUACUCUUUUUCACGCUCUGGCUCCAUCCUCAGACUAUCCUGGGCUCCUACUAGGUGUGGAUGUCUGUCUGUGCUCUUCUCAGAACCUCCGUAUCUCCGUCUCAUUGAUCUGCCGUCGUACAGCAGUCCCUCACUGGACGAGUCGACAGCAGAGCUGUACACAGAUCACCUGACACAGUUGAUGACAGACCGAUGUCCAUACUAUUCUAAUGGCAGAGGUGAGCAGGUCAAGUUGACAGGUGUGAGUUGGCACCCUCAGUGGGAUGGGCGGGGCUUACUGAGUGCUGAGAAUGGAGUGAGGGAGGUACAAGCACACGACAAGAUGCCUAUUAGCUGGUCUUCUAGAGUGGACUUGAUGUUUGGCCGUUCUAGUGCUCUAUUCUCGGCUGAGAUGUCCGAGUCUGAGGGCAAAAGUCAAUCAAUGAAAGACAUAUCUGUCAAAAUGAAAGAAAGAGUAAAACUCGGUUAUGGGUUUGAAGCUGACUCCAAUCUCUGUGUCGUUGGUGACGACCCUGUGUUGAAGGAAGUGUGGAGCUGGGUCAAAAUGCAAAGAGAGUUAAUGCAGAAAGGGUUAUUAGAGCGGAGUGCCAAGUCUCUGUUGGGUGUGUGCUCAGUGGUGGGGGCGGAUAAGCUAGUUGACUAUGAGGUGGUCACGCCCACUACCACGUCCAAGGCAGUCAGCUGGAGGGAGAGGGAGGGGGCUAUCCCUGGGGAAACCCCCCAAUUCCCAAUCUACCUGAGCAAGGAGCGACGAUUAGCCCUCCGACUAUGUGGGUGGAGCUUCGAGGUCGGGACUCUAGAGGACUUCCUUAAAAGACAGGAAAUGGAGGAUAACUUUGAGCGAGCUGCUGCCGUGGCCGUGUUCCAUGGUCACAUUCGUAGAAGUAUCACGUCUCUCAAAGAUGGGGCCGCCAUCGCUAAGCAACGCAAAGACAUUGCCCGAGGUAAUGUCCUGAACCUGAUAGCCCUGGCCCUCUCUGGUUACACACCGCAUGAGAGCAAGCUAUGGAGGGAGACCUGUUAUGGUGUCAAGAGUCAAAUCAGCCACCCUUAUCUGAGGGCCACCUUCAACUUCCUGUGUAGCUCUGGCAGGGAUGGGUUUGCUGACGUUCUAAACGAGACCGAGAUGUCACUGCAAGACCGUGUGGCGUUUGCAUGUACCUACCUUGAUGACAGACAGCUGUGUGCUCAUAUCUCUUCCCUGACUAGACAGGUGGUGGGCCGGGGGGACAUCAGUGGCCUGUUCCUCACUGGACUACCUAACGAGGGACUGGCUCUGCUAGCCAACUAUGUCAAUAUGACUGGAGAUGUACAGCUGGCAUGCUUACUCUCUGGUCAAGUCAUGACUGCAGUGUCUAGGAUAACACAGGUCCAGGCAUGGUUCCAGGGGUAUAGAGACCUCCUGGAUCUGUGGCAGAUGUGGCAUCAACGAGCACUGUUUGAUGGGCAGAGGAAAUAUCUUGACCCCACCCUCAAGCCGGCAAGACAAGCGUUUGUGAUAUGUAACUUUUGUAGCAAGUCUAUUGCGAGUGAAUCCCUCAGACCAGAUCGACGGGCUGGCUACCACACUGGUACCAAUACAGGACGCAAUGCGACCAGUUGCCCAAACUGCCGCAAACCUCUUCCUCGUUGCUCACUGUGUCUACUCAAUAUGGUUGCCACCGCCAACAAGCCCACCCCUCAGUCCAAAGGUUCUGUAAAGCCGUCUGACCAGUUUGGGAAAUGGUUUACGUGGUGUCAGAGUUGCCGUCACGGUGGUCAUGCCAACCAUAUCGCAGAGUGGUUUAGCAACCACCAAGAGUGCCCAGUGACGGCCUGUUCGUGUCAAUGUUACAAUUUGGACUCGUAAACAAUUUUUGUUUUUAAUUUAAUUUAUUUGUUUUUAAAAUUUAAUUGAUUUUGUGCGUCCAUUUUGUUAAAUUAAAUUGCAACUUUAAAAGAAUGUUUUUCACACUGUUG